GAGGGGAAGGUGGGAUUUGGUCGUGGUGAUGAGCGAGUGCGCGUGCUCUAAGCCGCCGCCAUUACUGAAUUGGGGAAAGGCUUUGAGGGAAGCGCAAGCAGCAGCGGCCGCGAGCCUGGGAAGAACGAACACGGAAAGGAGAGGCGGAAGGGGCGGCGGGAAGCUGUGAAGGGACCGGUGGCGGGAGAGCAGGACUCUUAGGAAGAUAUGCAAUCCGGAGACAGAAAGAUCAGAUGCAGCCAUGCGUGAGGAUCAUCUGCUUUGUCAAUGGAGGAUAACAAGCUACUGCCUUUGCUUCUGAGGGACCCAUUGGAUCACGUGGAAUAUUUUAAGAAUGCACUACACGACCAUCUGUAUAAAUGAGCUCAGAAGGAUGAAAGGGGAGUAAUGAUGGCAAAGAAUAAGGAGCUGCGACCCCCAUCGUAUACUAUUAGCGUGAUAGGAUUGUCCGGAACAGAGAAAGAUAAAGGCAACUGUGGAGUUGGAAAGUCGUGUCUGUGUAACAGAUAUGUCCGCCCAAAGGCUGAUGAAUAUUACCCAGAACAUACCUCUGUCCUUAGCACGAUUGACUUUGGUGGGCGCGUCGUCAACAAUGACCACUUUUUGUACUGGGGUGACGUAAUACAGAAUGGGGAGGAUGGGGUUGACUGCAGGCACCACAUCAUUGAGCAAACGGAGUUCAUAGAUGACCAGACAUUUCUACCCCAUCGGAGUACAAACCUUCAACCGUACACCAAGCGCGCGGCCGCCUCCAAGCUGCAGUCUGCCGAGAAGCUGAUGUAUAUUUGCACAGAUCAGCUGGGCCUGGAACAGGAUUUUGAGCAGAAGCAAAUGCCUGAAGGGAAGCUCACAAUAGAUGGAUUUGUGCUCUGCAUCGAUGUCAGCCAAGGAUGCAACCGGAAGUUUGAGGAUCAGCUUAAGUUUGUCAAUAAUCUCUAUGCCCAAGUAGCAAAAGCAAAAAAACCCGUCAUCAUUGCAGCAACAAAAUGUGAUGAAUGCGUGGAUCAAUAUCUAAGGGAAGUCCAGGGGUUCGCCUCAAACAAGAAGAACUUAUCGGUUGUAGAAACUUCCGCCCGGAAUAAUAUCAAUGUAGAUACGUGUUUUACGGCACUAGUUCAACUGCUGGACAAAACGCGAAGUAAACCUAAAAUAAUUCCCUACAUGGAUGCUUUUAAAACACACAGGCAGCUUGUGGCCUCCGCUACUGACAAAUACGAAAAACUUAUUGUGCAAAAUGUUCGGGAUUACCAUUCAACCUGGAAAAUUAUCAGUAACAAACUGAAAAACCACCCAGACUAUGAAAAUUACAUCAACCUGGAAGGAACCAUGAAGGCCAGAAAUACAUUUUCCAAGCACAUAGAGCAGCUUAAGCAGGAGCAUAUUAGAAAAAGGAAAGAGGAGUAUCUGAAAACACUACCAAGAACACUCAAUACAAUUUUACCCAAACUUGAGGAAAUUGAAAACCUAAAGUGGGUUGAAGCUCUGCAGCUGAUUGAGAAAAGGCCUGAUUUCAACUUUUGGUUUGUUUUUCUGGAGCAGACUCCAUGGGAUCAGUCUGAUCAGAUCGACAAAGUCAAUGACAGGAGGGUUCCUUUUGAUCUGCUCUGCACCUCAGAGGCUGAGAAGGUCUAUCAAAACCAUGUCCAGAACCUGGUGUGUGAAAAAAGGAGAGUAGAAAUGAAGGAGAAAUUCAAGAAAACUCUUGAAAAGAUACCAUUUAUCUCUCCUGGUCAGCCUUGGGAAGAGGUUAUGUGUUUUGUUCUGGAGGAUGAAGCCUACAAGUAUAUCAACGAGACAGAUCGGGUGGAAGUGUACCGGAAACACCAGAGGGAAAUUAUUGAAAAAGCCAAAGAGGAUUUUCAAGAGAUGCUUUUUGAGCACUCCGAGCUGUUCUAUGACUUGGAUCUAAAUGCCACCCCUAGCACUGAUAAAAUGAGCGAAAUCAACGCUGUCCUCGGGGAAGAACCAAGAUAUAAAGCGUUACAGAAGCUUGCAACUGACAGAGAAUCUCUUCUUCUUAAACACAUAGGUUUUGUUUAUCAUCCUACUAAAGAAACAUGUCUAAGUGGCCAAAACUGUAUGGAUAUUAAAGUAGAACAGGUACUCGCCAACAGUCUUCUGCAGUCCAACCUUGGCCGGCUAAACCUGUACCACGAUGGUACCAACCUCGACAAAGUGAACCUUCUUAUACUUGGCAAGGAUAGUUUAUCUCAGGAGAUGGCCAAUGAAAUAAGAACGCAAUCCACGGAUGACGAGUUUGCAUUAGAUGGGAAAAUAUACGAGCUGGACUUGAGAGCGGUAGAUGCACAUUCCCCAUACCUCCUGAGCCAAUUAUGGACUUUUGGUUUUAAGCCGCAUGGUUGUUUCUGUGUUUUUAGCUCCAUUGAGUCCCUUACUUUUAUCGGAGAAUGCAUCGGCAGAAUUCGGUCAGAAGCCAUGGCACGGAGAGAGAAAGAGAUCUUAAAUCUUCCUUUCACUUUAAUUUUAGCUAAUCAGAGGGAGAGUGUGAGCAAGAACUUGCCCAUUUUGAGACAUCAAGGACAGCAGCUGGCAAAUAAGCUUCAGUGCCCCUUUGUAGACAUACCUGCUGGCGCGUACCCACGUAAAUUCAACGAGUCUCAGAUCAAGGAGGCGCUACGGGGAGUACUGGAGUCUGUCAAGCACAAUUCUGAUAUUGCCAGCCCGGUUCCCACUAUUAAAGACCUUUCGGAGGCUGAUUUGAGGAUAGUGAUGUGUGGCAUGUGUGGCGAUCCCUUCAGCGUAGACCUCAUUCUUUCUCCGUUCCUUGAGUCACGAACUUGCAGUGCGGCUCAGCCUGGCCAAAACAACUCCCUGAUGCUUGACAAAAUUAUUGGUGAAACGAGGAGGAGAAUCCAGAUCACCAUACUGUCCUACCACUCUUCCAUAGGAGUCCGAAAGGACGAACUCGUCCACGGAUAUAUUCUCGUUUAUUCUGCCAAGCGCAAGGCUUCGAUGGGAAUGCUGCGAGCUUUCCUGUCCGAGAUACAAGACACUAUUCCGGUUCAGUUGGUGGCCGUCACGGACAGCCAAGCAGACUUUUUUGAGAACGAGUCCAUCAAAGAGUCCAUGACGGAAGGGGAGCACAUUGCCACUGAGAUUUCUGCAAAAUUUACCGCUUUAUACUCCCUGUCUCAGUAUCAUCGCCAGACGGAGGUUUUCACGCCGUUUUUCAGUGACGUUUUGGAAAAAAAGACCCAAAUCGAGAACUCUUAUUUAGCAGAGAACAGCCGGGAAGCGAAUCACCAAUCCGAAGAUGUCUUCAUCCAUUCGCCGCGUGGCAACUCUCCCGCUUACAGCUGCUAUCCGGAUUCCGAAGAUGACACCGAAGCGCCCCCUCCGUAUAGCCCCAUCGGUGAUGAUGUCCAGUUGUUGCCGAAGUGCAAUUUGGACAACGAAGGGAACGAAUAUCCAAUACACAGCACCCCGCUUAAUUGCCUCGACCAUGACAGAAACCAUAAAGUGCCGCCUUCAAUAAGGCAGAAACGAGCUGCACCCAAGUCCAAAGUAAAUAGACUGGACCCGAAUCUGGUUAAAACCAUUGAAGCUGGCAUCAGUAAGAACCCAAAGAAGCAGCCUUCUCGCUUCCCUUUGUCGCACCCGGAUGAUCUUGACCCGUUGGAUAACUACGCAGAGCCCGCCGACACGGUACUCAAACACAAAGACUUUUCCAACGACAUCUAUGCUGUCCCCGAUGACAGCCAGAACCACGCGCUAAAGAAUCGUCUCUUCUUUGCCAACGUCCAAGGAGACGAGGAGAACGGCGUCUCGGACAGAGUGUCGCGAUCCCAGGCGGAGCGAAGACCCUCCAAAUACAGAUACAAGUCAAAGACUCUCUUUAGUAAGGCCAAAUCCUACUCCUACAGGAGAGCAAACUCUGAUGCUAGCGACGAGGAAGCACUUACCAUGCCGGGAAAAGAUCGCAAGCGGAAACCAAAGCACAGGCCGAGCGAGGAAGACCCGCUGCUCUCACCCGGUGACACCUGGAAGGGGGGCAUAGACAAUCCGGCCAUCACGUCCGAUCCGGAACAAGAAGAGAGGAAGACCAAGAAAAAGCCGCCGAAAACAAAAGAGGACAAAAAGAAAAAGAAAACAAAGCCUUUCAUCCCGCACACUCGCCUAACCUGGGAUAGCAACUAUUUCGGCAAGCCCUUGCAGGACCUCGUGAGCGCAGACAAGCCCGUUCCGGUCUUUGUGAAGAAGUGCAUCGACUUCAUCGAGGAAACAGGCCUGAACACUGAAGGUCUGUACCGUGUGAGCGGGUACAAAACAGACCAAGAUAAUAUACAGAAGCAGUUUGAUCAAGAUAACAAUCUGAACCUGGCGUCAAUGGAGGUGAAUGUAAACGCAGUAGCAGGCGCUCUGAAAGCAUUCUUUGCAGACCUACCCGCUCCAUUAAUCCCUUACAGUCUUCACCCAGACCUCCUGGAAGCCUCAAGAAUCCAGGACAAGAUGGAGCGGCUUCAGGUCCUAAAAUACAUUUUAAGGAACCUCCGUCAAAACUAUGUUGUCAACUAUGAGGUCCUCAAAUUUGUUAUCACUCACCUAAACAGGGUUAGUCAACAUAACAAGACCAACCUGAUGACAGCUGACAACCUGUCCAUCUGCUUUUGGCCUACUUUGAUGCGGCCAGACUUUGAGAACAAAGAGUUCUUCUCUACCACCAAGAAUCACCAGUCCGUCAUUGAGAUGUUCAUCCUGCAGUGCCAGUUCUUCUUCUAUGAAGGUGACAUUGUGGAUUCGCCUAGUGCCACCAGCUCUCCUUCAGCCCACCACUCUAGCCCAGGACAGCUAGCUGCACCACUAGUCCCUCUUCAAUUACCUCCUCCUCUCCAACCACAACUCCUGCAGCCCCCGCUACAAGCUGACGCUCUGGGCAUCAUAUAAAUGGGCUUUACCAAUGUACUUGUAAUUUAAACCCCCCCAGAUCCCUACAGGCCAGACGAUGGCAUGAGGAAUAGACUUCCCACCUGUAGUAAUACCGUAAUGCAGAUGGAUCAGGUUAUUUUUAGUUCUCGGUUUUAUUUUUUUUUCUUCUGUUUCUAAGUUUUUUUUUAACACGUUGGGACAUCUAGAGAGAGGUCUGUGACAGGCCCUGUUUGUGAAUUUUGCUGCUGCAUGGAACUUCAGAUUCAAUACUCUUCCCGUGUGGCACCUUUGUGUCACUAAGAUACCUAUCAGUACAGAAGAGAAAAUACACAAGAGUAAACCGUUCUUUUCUAUAGAAAAUCUAAUUAAAAUACAGAAAUAAAUAACAUUUACGAUGCAUAGUGUGAUUUCCCAGCCCUUCUGCUGGCUGAGAUUUAUUUUGGUGUCAAAGCAUCCGUGGUGUGUGUACGUGGGCAUGUGUUGGAGCGUGUGGAAGCCUGGCAGCGGGGUGGGUUAUGGAAUCCGUGUUGGUGAUGCUUGGAUUGGAGCUUAACUUGUAAAUGAUACAAAGUAAAAACUGUAUGUACAUAUAUAAAUGUUUACAUAUUUCAAGAAUAAACAUCCAUCCAUUAAA